GCAGCAUCAGACAACCGGGAGGGCGGGGCUGUGUUCCGGAUUAGCAUCAGCAGGCGCAGCGCGACCGCUAAAAGCAGCCGCUGCGAGGAAGAGCUGGCGCAGCAGAUUGCUUAGCCCCAAGGAGGAACUUCCAGAGCCAGCGAGAGAGCAGCGAUGGCUUCGUUCCGGUGGCUCCUGAUCUGUAGCGCAGCAGCCUUGGUCAGUGCAGCGCUGGCUGCGGACCGGCCACGGAUGCGGCUGCUGGGGGGCCCGUCCGAAGUCUCCACAGAUAAUCAGGGCGCGCAGCAGGCGCUCAAGUUCGCCAUGAGCGAAUACAACAAAGCCAGCAACGACAUGUAUCUCAGCCGAGUGUCCGAAGUCGUCGGCUUCCGUCAACAAAUUGUCUCCGGGAUCAAGUAUUUUCUGGAUGUUAAAGUUGGACGAACAAAGUGCACAAAGUCUUCAGCUGAUAUUGAGAACUGCGCCUUCCAUGAAACACCAGAGCUGGCACAGGAAAAGACUUGCCGCUUCGUGGUGCACACUGUUCUUUGGUUAAACCAAAUCAACCUGCUUGAAAAAACUUGCCACUAAAUUCAUAUUUCUUCAGCAUUGGACAGAAAACUGCUGUUCCGACAGUAUGAUGUCUUCCCAAGUGAGACUUGGUGCUGUUAAUUGUUUUUAAAAAGUGCUUCCAUAUGCUAGUGCUAUACAAGAAAAAUCAUAUAGCCUUACUUUAUAAUCAUUUCCUAUUCAUAACUAGUUUUGUAACCAGCGUCCUCAUACUAGAUUAGGAGUAGAAAAAUAAAAACCAAAUAAAUACAGGAAAAAGUUUAUCAUGUCAAGAACUGAGGUAUUAAAAAGAUUUGUGUUGAUACUAAUUGCUUUUAAUAAAGCACUGUUGUUCAGUA